AUAUUUGGGCUCCCGCGUCUACUGCUUCCAUUGUUUGCUUUCCCGCCUCGCCUGAGCCGACCGAUGGUUAGCAACUUCGUUUUGUUAUUCCGAUAGGCUCGCCGGAGCUUCCUUUCUCUAUUACUUCCUCAUCGUCGGACGCUUUGUUCGUUGUAUAUAUCCAUGGCGGCUAAUUUACCGGUCCAAGAUCCCCCCACGGAUGCUUCUGCCAAACAACCUACGCCUUCGCCUUCCCCCACUCUUGUAACCCCUCCCGUUAAGAUCGACACUCCUUCAUCCGACUCCGGCAAGACCCCCGCCGCCGUUCCCGCUUCCACCCCUCGCCCCGAGGACCUCCCUCAAUCCGCCUCUCCCGAUCCAGUUCAUCUUCCCAGCUACUCCAGAUGGUUCUCCUGGAACGGCAUUCACGAGUGCGAGGUUCGGUUCCUUCCGGAGUUCUUCGAUUCACGGUCGCCCUCUAAAAACCCUAGGGUUUACAAGUACCUUCGAAAUGCCAUUGUCAAGAAUUUCAGAGAAUGCCCUUCCAAGAAGAUCACAUUUACUGAUGUCCGAAAGACGCUCGUUGCCGAUGUAGGAUCUAUUCGAAGGGUUUUCGAUUUUCUCGAGGCUUGGGGUCUCGUCAAUUACUCGCCGUCCGCCCUGAACAAACCUCUCAAGUGGGAGGACCGGGACUCGAAGUCUAAUUCGUCCGCUUCGCACACCGGUGAACCUGGAGGUAGUUCCGCAGAUUCCUCAGCUCCUAAAGACGCUUCUAAGAGAGUAUGCAGCGGUUGCAAGUCUAUUUGUAGCAUCGCUUGCUUUGCAUGCGAUAAGUUUGAUUUGACGCUUUGUGCGAGGUGCUAUGUUCGUGGAAACUAUCGAGUUGGUGUUAGUUCUUCAGAUUUUCGACGUGUUGAGAUCAAUGAUGAGACACGAACAGAUUGGACUGAUAAGGAGACUUUGCAUCUUCUUGAAGCUUUGACGCAUCAUGGUGAUGAUUGGAAAAAGGUCGCACAACAUGUUGGUGGCAGAACUGAAAGGGAAUGUGUUGCCCAUUUUGUGAAGCUUCCUUUGGGGGAGCAGUUUCUUGGUUAUCCAGAUUCCGGAAAUGUUGGUGGCAGAACUGUAGUGAAGGAUCAUGCCAGUGCCGAUCUUACAUUAGAAAGUACACCUCUUACUAGUAAAAGAAUCCGUCUAUCUCCUCUGGCAGAUGCAAGUAAUCCCAUAAUGGCUCAGGCUGCCUUUUUGUCAUCUUUGGUGGGUGUUGAAGUAGCAGAAGCAGCUGCCCAUGCAGCUGUGGUUAAACUUUCUGAUAUGGGCUUUGGAGGAGAUGGGGAAAUUGCCACAGCUGUCGCUAGGAAUAUAGGAGACCAAGGAAACAACGUUGUAUCCUGUGGAGGCAGCACUGCUAGGAGCUCAUUUAGUGUGUCUUCGGUGGAUGCAAACUCACAGAUUGAGAAAGAAGAGGUGGCUGUGGAGAAAGCAAUAUCUCAUAUACUAGACGUCCAAAUGAAAGAGGCUGUAGAUAAGCUUGAUCGUCUGGAGGAGGUAGACUUGCAGAUGGAAAAGGAAUUUAAGCAAUUAGACCAAAUGAAAAGCAUGCUUUUUGUUGAUCAACUGAAUCUCUUAUUCCAUAAAGGAUGUAUCCCUACCAUCGAAGACAAGAACAGUAAGAAUCUAAGUACUUAUUGAUCGUUUUCCCUAAUUUAAGCAAUGUUUCUUUCUUUUACUUCUCUUCAGAAUCACAAUUGUAUAUCAGCAGACCUCUGCAACAUCCCAUUUUAAGAGUUAAACGCUUAUCACCGAUAUUUCCUGCUCAA